AUGCCACAUUUUGUAAUUCAAGUUGAAGAAGAACGCAAAGUUCUAAUUAGCUUUAGAAUAGUUAAAGAUACUUCUCUUUCUUUAGAAAAGCAAACUUUAACCUUUAACGAUUUUUUUAAAAAUCUUAUUCAACCUGUAUUUAGGUUUCGUGAAGUUCAUGUAUUUGUUGGAAAAGGUGACUCAAAAUGGAACUUUGUUCAAGAUGACUUACAGAAUGAACUUAGUUUAUUGAUAACACUUGGCUUUACACAUAUUAAUGGUGUACCAGCUAGAGAUCCUAGUGUAAAUCUAGAAGUAUAUACUAUUAAUACUGAUUCUAAUGAUAUAAUUAAAGAAAUUUAUGAAAAAUUUUUACCAGAUCCAACUUCGUCAACUGAAAACAAUGACCAUUAUGCUGACUUUCAUACAGUAUACCACAAAAUAACAACUGAAGAUCACUGUCUUACAUUAAAACAAAUAGUGAAAUCAGCAGAACGGACUCCAAAAAGAAUAUUUGUAAAUACUAAAGUGUGUGACUAUAUUGAAUGCUUUCAGUGUAACAAACUUCGUUGUAUAUAUAGUAAUCAAGCUUUAGAUGCUAAUGAAAAAAAAGAGUUAUAUCUUGUAAAAGAAGAAAUUAAUUAUAGCUGUAGUUCUUCACUAGUUGACGAAAAUCAUGAAUUCUAUACCAAAGUUUAUGUACACAAAAAUAUUACCUGUAAAACACCAAUUGAAUUAGCUUAUUAUUCUUCUAAUUCACGUCAGAGUAAUCAUAAUUCACAAAUUUGUUAUUGGUGCAGAGUUGAUGGUGGUUUAGUUGAUCCUUCUGUUGAAAAGACAUCUAAUUAUAAGUUUGUAUUUCCAUGUUGUUGUUAG